AACCCUGACUUAGCAAACCAAAACAGCACUCAAGUAAGAAACAGACAAGCAGAGUAGAGUAAUAUCAGAAUAUGAAGUGGGAGCAGGCACAUUUCAAUACUGCAAUUUAUAUAUAAUUCAAAGUCAGAGUAAUCCUGGGACUAGAUAACAAGCCUCCAGGUGGACGUGCCCCACCUGCCCUUCUCUUUCCUCUUCCGCACGGGCAGAAUCUGCCCUCAGGACUGUGGGAUUCACGGUUGUUCUCCUCCACUCCAUCCACCAGGGCUUGACUUCAGGUGCAGCAGAAUUCCCCACCCAGCCCAUCAACGAUUUGAGACCCAUCAGCUUUCCUCACCUGGUUUAGCCGGCUGGUAGAAGCCUUUGCUUGAACCCCUGUUGCAUGCUGACAGCUUCUGGAAGCCACAGGAUUUCCUUUCUGCCCACUCUGAAAAAGGUGGUGGAGAAGUCAGAAUUGCACGGGACAGGGCACCUUUCGUUUCAUUAGGAAUAGCCAUUAAAAUGUGUGAAAUGUGGAAUAUGCUUCACUGAAUGAGCACACAUAGUUCACAUCAACGAACACAAAAAGGAAAGAACCCAUUUAAAGGUAUGGAGUGCGGAAAGAGCUUCUCUUUCAAUGCAAAACUUAGAACACACCUGCAGACUCACACAGAGAGAAAACGUUUUAAGUGCAGGGAGUGUGGGAAGAACUUCAGUCAGAGUGGAAACCUUAAAUUGCACAAACGGACUCACACAGGGGAGAAACCAUAUGAAUGUAUGGAGUGUGGAAAGAGAUUCAGUCAGAGUGGACACCUUAGACAACAUCAACGGACUCACACAGGGGAGAAACCGUUUCAAUGUAGGGAGUGUGGAAAGAGCUUUAGGGAUAAUGGAAACCUUAGAAAACAUGAACGGACUCACACCGGGGAGAAACCAUUUAAAUGUAUCGAGUGUGGAAAGAGUUUUAGUAAUAAUGGAAAACUUAGAACACAUGAACGGACUCACACCGGGGAGAAACCAUUUAAAUGUAUUGAGUGUGGAAAGCGCUUUAGUGAAAAUGGAGACCUUAGAACACAUGAACGGACUCACACCGGGGAGAAACCAUUUAAAUGUAUCGAGUGUGGAAAGAGCUUUAGUGAAAAUGGAAAUCUUAGAACACAUGAACGGACUCACACCGGGGAGAAACCAUUUAAAUGUAUCGAGUGUGGAAAGAGCUUCAAUCAGAGUGGAAACCUUAGAAAUCAUCAACGGACUCACACAAGGGAGAAACCAUAUAAGUGUAUCGUGUGUGGAAAGAGCUUUAGUAACAGAGGAUAUCUUAGAACACAUCAACGGAUUCACACAGGGGAGAAACCAUAUCAAUGUAUCGAGUGUGGAAAGAGCUUUAGUCAUAGUGGAAGCCUUAGACUACAUCAACGGACUCACACAGGAGAGAAACCAUAUAAAUGUAUUGAGUGUGGAAAGAGCUUUAGUGAUAAUGGAGACCUUAGAACACAUGAACGGACUCACACAGGGGAGAGACCAUUUAAAUGCAUGGAGUGUGGAAAGGACUUCAGUCAGAAUGGAAACCUUAGGAACCAUCAACGGACUCACACAGGGGAGAAACCAUUUAAAUGUAUCGAGUGUGGAAAGAGCUUUAGUACUAAUGGAAGCCUUAGACAACAUCAAUGGACUCACACAGGGGAUAAACCAUAUAAAUGUAUCGAGUGUGGAAACAGCUUUAGUGAAAAUGGAAACCUUAGGAAACAUCAACGGACUCACACAGGGGAGAGACCAUUUAAAUGCAUGGAGUGUGGAAAGGACUUCAGUCAGAAUGGAAGCCUUAGGAAGCAUCAACGGACUCACACAGGGGAGAAACCAUUUAAAUGCAUGGAGUGUGGAAAGAGCUUCAAUCAGAGUGGAAACCUUAGAAAUCAUCAACGGACUCACACAAGGGAGAAACCAUAUAAGUGUAUCGUGUGUGGAAAGAGCUUUAGUAACAGAGGAUAUCUUAGAACACAUCAACAGAUUCACACAGGGGAGAAACCAUAUCAAUGUAUCGAGUGUGGAAAGAGCUUUAGUCAUAGUGGAAGCCUUAGACUACAUCAACGGACUCACACAGGGGAGAAACCAUAUAAAUGUAUUGAGUGUGGAAAGAUCUUUAGUAACAGAGGAUAUCUUAGAAAACAUCAACGGACUCACACAGGGGAGAAAUCAUUUAAAUGCAUGGAGUGUGGAAAGAGCUUCAAUCAGAGUGGAGACCUUAGAAACCAUCAACGGACUCACACAGGGGAGAAGCCAUUUAAAUGUAUCGAGUGUGGAAAGAGCUUCAGUCAGAAUGGAAAACUUAGAAGACAUCAAUGGACUCACACAGGGGAGAAACCAUUUAAAUGUAUCGAGUGUGGAAAGAGCUUCAGUCAGAAUGGAAAUCUUAGAAAACAUCAGCAGACACACAGGGGAGAAACCAUGUAAAUGCAUGGACUGUUGAAGGAGCUUCAGUCAGAGUGGAACCCUUGAUUUAUGUCAAAAAAACUCACACAAAAGACAAACCAUAUAAAUAUCAGGAAAGUAGAUAGAGGUUCACUCUUAGUGGAAGUUCCAAAUCAACAGACUCAUGGACAUGAAGAAGUUUAAGAGCUGAAACCCUUCAGACCAUCAACAAACUCAGAGAGCAUAAGCAGUUUAAAUGAAAAGACUGCAAAAAAUGCUUUAUUUAUAAUGGAGUAUUUAAGGAACAGGGAUGCGGGUGGCA